AUGGCCUCCCACGAAGUCAUUGGCAUCGCAGUCGUCGCGGCCAUCUAUUUCCUCUACAAACUCCUCAACGCGACCGACACGCCCAAGAUCAAGGGUCUACCCGAGAUCCCCGGCGUGCCCAUCUUUGGCAACCUGAUACAGCUUGGCACUGAUCAUGCUCGCGUGGCCCAGAAAUGGGCGGCCAAGUACGGUCCCGUCUUCCAGACUCGCCUCGGGAACAGGCGCGUCGUCUUUGUCAACUCCUACGACGCGGUCAAGCACUUUUGGAUCACGCACCAGUCGUCGCUCAUCUCGCGGCCAACCUUCCACACCUUCCACUCCGUCGUCUCCUCCUCGCAGGGCUUCACCAUCGGCACCUCGCCGUGGGACGAGUCGUGCAAGCGGCGGCGCAAGGCGGCCGCCACCGCGCUCAACCGCCCGGCCGUGCAGUCCUACAUGCCCAUCAUCGACCUCGAGUCGAUGGUGAGCAUCCGCGAGCUCCUGGCCGACUGCGACGGCGGUAGCCGCGACGUCGACCCCAUCUCGUACAUGGCCCGCUUCGCCCUCAACACCUCCCUCACCCUCAACUACGGCUUCCGCAUCGAGGGCUCCGUCGACAACGCCCUGCUGCACGAGAUCACCCACGUCGAGCGCGAGAUCUCCAACUUCCGCUCCACCAGCAACAACUGGCAGGACUACGUCCCGCUGAUGCGCGUGUGGAACAAGCAGAACACGGACGCGCAGGAGUUCCGCGCCCGCCGCGACAGGUACCUGACGGACAUGCUGACGGACCUUCAAAAGCGCAUCGCCGACGGAACGGAUAAACCGUGUAUCACGGGCAAUAUUCUCAAGGAUCCCGACGCCAAGCUCAACAUGGCUGAACUCAAGUCCAUCUGCCUUACUAUGGUCUCUGCCGGUCUUGAUACUGUGCCUGGCACCCUCAUCAUGGGUCUGGCAUACCUUUCCACGCCAGAGGGUCAGGCCGUCCAGGCAAAAGCCCUGGCCGCCAUUCAGGAAGCGUAUCCCAACGGCGACGCCUGGGAGCGGUGCCUUGUCGAGGAGAAGAUCCCUUACGUCUCCGCCCUCGUCAAAGAAACCCUGCGAUUCUUCACCGUCAUCCCCAUCUGCCUCCCCCGCACAAACAUCAAAGACAUCCCCUACGAGAACACCGUCAUCCCCGCCGGCACCACAUUCUUCAUGAACGCCUACGCAGCCGACUACGACGAGCACCGCUUCAAGCUGCCGGAGCAGUUCAUCGUCGAGCGCUUCCUCGACGAGCACCACGAGGUCGGCACGCCGCACUACGCGUACGGCGCCGGGUCGCGCAUGUGCGCCGGGUCGCACCUGGCUAACCGCGAGCUCUUUACCGCUUACGUCCGCGUCGUCACCGCGUUCCACCUCUCGCAGGCCGACGACCCGGCCGACCGCCCGGUCAUGCACUGCCUCGACUGCAACAGCACGCCCACGUCGCUGACGCUCGACCCGCGGCCCUUCAAGAUGAAGCUCCGGCCCAGGGACGCGCCGCAGCUGCAGCGGUGGAUCGCGGAAGCGGAGGAGCGCACUAGGGAUCUUUGA